GAAAGGAAAAGGAUGGGCAUCUUUAGAAGCAAAAGCAAACUACUGUGCAAUGCAGCAAAAGUUUAAGAAAGCUAUAGAUGAGAAUCAGGAUGUUGACGUUGACAAAAUUUGUGAUGAGGUUCUUGGCACUCGAUCUGGGUAUAUUAAAGGAUUAGGUUAUGGUCCAAAGCCAAAUGCUUCAAGAUGUGGACAUGCUAAGAUCAUUAAAGAUCUUGAAGAAGAAAAAAAUAUGUGGAAAAAGAAAUAUGAAGUUGAGGUUCUUGAAAAUAAAACCAAUCGAGCUCAAUUGACAAAGCAUGAAAAAAUGUUAAGGCAGAUAUUAGGAGCAAAAUAUGAUGAGCAUGAAGAAAAUAGUAAAAGUGGAGAUAAACAAGGUGAUCACCAAGUUUAAUCACUAUAUGGUUGUUGUAAUUUUCUCAGGUUUGAUAUCUUUGGUAUUUACUUCUUUUUG